AUGGUUCUUCCACCGCUCCGGAGAGUUCAGGCAGCAGGGCCCGAGUCUGAGUGUGUGGCCGGGCUGCGGUCCAACAGUCCUGAUUUUCUCUUUCUCAGGCGUGAGUCAGCCCUUGUUCGCACCUGGAGGUCGCCAGGGCGCCCUGAACUUUGCACUAAAAUCCCUCACGCUCACCUUUCCCCCUGGGCGAUGCACAAAGGGGUCAGAAACCCCGAACUCCCCAGGGAACCAGGUCCCCGAGUUAAGUCCUCCUUUCCAGGUCCCAUCUUAUUGGGGCUGCCCUGAGAGAACAUGGUCUCGAGUUGGGUAAACGAAGAUGGGGAGACUCACGAAGAAACGCUCUAAUCCCAGGAACAAAUUCCGCUUCCCAGUGGUGGUCGGUACCCCUUGCUAGUAGCCUUUGACCAGGAACUGACCAUUCUGGACGAUUGAGUCACAAAGCAGAGGGGCUUAGGGAGCUCGCGGGGCGGGGUCCGGGCGGCCCCCACCCCGAGGUAGAGUGACGCCCGCAGUAACUUCACAAGGCAGAAAUUGUUACCUGGGAAAUAAAAGGCACCGUGGCGGCGGGAGCUCGGGAGUGGGCACAUGGGGGUGCGGGUGUGCAGGUGCCAAGCGCCAUGGGUUAGGCCCGAGAUCGGAGUCCGGCCGCCCCCCGACAGCAGCCGCCUCCUGCUCCCCGCGCGCCCCGGGCGCCACCAUGUCGGGUGACAAACUCCUGAGCGAACUUGGCUAUAAGCUGGGUCGCACAAUAGGCGAGGGCAGCUACUCUAAGGUUAAGGUGGCCACUUCCAAGAAGUACAAGGGUACGGUGGCCAUCAAGGUGGUGGACCGGCGGCGAGCGCCCCCGGACUUCGUCAACAAGUUCCUGCCUAGAGAGCUGUCCAUCCUGCGGGGUGUACGGCACCCGCAUAUCGUACACGUCUUCGAAUUCAUCGAGGUGUGCAACGGGAAGCUGUACAUCGUGAUGGAGGCGGCCGCCACCGACCUGCUGCAGGCGGUGCAGCGCAACGGGCGCAUCCCUGGAUCACAGGCGCGCGAGCUCUUCGCGCAGAUCGCGGGCGCUGUACGUUACUUGCACGACCACCAUCUGGUGCAUCGCGACCUCAAGUGCGAAAAUGUGCUGCUGAGCCCUGACGAGCGCCGCGUCAAGCUCACCGAUUUCGGCUUCGGUCGUCAGGCUCAUGGCUAUCCAGACCUUAGCACCACCUACUGCGGCUCGGCAGCCUAUGCGUCACCUGAGGUACUCCUGGGCAUUCCCUACGACCCCAAGAAAUAUGACGUGUGGAGCUUGGGCGUCGUGCUCUACGUCAUGGUCACCGGGUGCAUGCCCUUCGACGACUCAGACAUCGCGGGCCUGCCCCGGCGCCAGAAGCGCGGCGUGCUCUAUCCCGAGGGCCUCGAGCUCUCCGAGCGCUGCAAGUCCCUGAUUGCCGAGUUGCUACAAUUCAGCCCAUCGGCCAGGCCCUCAGCGGGCCAGGUAGCGCGCAACAGCUGGCUGCGCGCUGGGGACUCCGGCUAGGAGCCGGGGUUCCCGGGGUUCCCGGUGAACCCUGCACUGAGCCAGCGCGAUGCACGCGCGAGAGGCACGCUUCCGGAAACCCGCGAAGCCGCCGCUUGCGAUUGCACACGUGCUCUACCCUUUCCCUUCCCCUGCGCGGCGUGGGCCGCAAUUGCCCGGGUUUGGAAUCUAGUUCCUCCUCCACAAUCCCGAGAGCUGGAGGGCGCAUAUGCAUCCUCAAGUCCCUGCGAAAAGGCCCCGGGAGGGGCCAGACGAGAGGAGACGAAGCUUUGCGCCUGCGCGGAAUGAGCGUUGGUUACGCGGCAGACGGUGGCUUAGUGGAGGAGCUGCCGGCGAGCAGACAUGCGUGGAGGGCGUCCCUCCCCAGCCAGCCGCGGAUGCCAGAUUUUCGGUUAGAACCUGCAAUAAACUCGCUCUUCCUCGCAAAGUGGCUUUAGCAGUGGCCCCUUUUACAGAGCAGGGAGGAGGGAGCCGUCCGGGGAAGAAGGCUGGCGCGGUCUGCCCGUUAUAGAGGAAGGCAUAUUGAGGUUCUG